AUGUGUGUAAAAAUGUUUGCCGCAUUGGCACUUCUUCCAGCAAAUCUAAUUGAAGAAGGCUAUCAAUGUAUACGGCAACAUGCAAGGAAUAAUAAUUUACAACUAACUCCAUUCUUCAAUUACUUUAACAGCUUUUGGUUACGGACAGUAGGCCCAGAAACAUUUUCUGUUCAUGGAAUCGCUAGGAGAACAAAUAACAAUGUUGAAAAUUUCCAUGGACGUUUAAAAGAAAAAUUUCAGACUUCCCAUCCAAACCUAUGGACAUUUUUAAAACAUUUGAAUGAACUAAGUUUAAAAAACCACAUUACCAUUGCACAAUUGAGUCAAGGUCAAAAAGUAUCCAGACCAGUUAAAAUAAAAUACAUUGCCAAUUCAGAACGCAUAAAAAUUGCAACUGCACAAUUAAAUCUAGGAACAAUUAAUGUGUCUGAUUUUUUAAUUCAAUGUUCCUAUACCGCAGAGACUUAUAUUCGAGAAGAAUUAAACUGGUACACUCUUGUCGAACCUAACCUUAUAGUUGAUAAUGAUGAUCUCACACAAUCGGAUGGAGAUGAUAGUGUAUCGGUCGCUGAAGAUAUUCCUCACCCCGUUGUAAAUUUUGCUGAUCCCACACAAUAUGAUGGAGAUGAUAGUCUAUCAGGCACUGAAGACAAUAAUCAAGUAGCUGAGGAUUCUGAUGGUAGUGGAAAUUUAUUUAUUACCAGACAUGUGCAAGCUGUGAUAAGGAAUGAAGAUGAUUUUAUACUUGAGGAAGAAUUAGAUCCGGAUAUGGUCAACAUGAUGGAAAUAGAUAAUCGGAGACGAGAAUUAGAGAUACAAAAUAUUCCUUUUGUGCAAGUACCUAUAAAUCUUCCUUUGCCACCAAACAGCAAUAUAUGUGUAGUGUGCAAAGAUUUAGAAAGAACACAUGCCUUGAUCCCAUGUGGCCAUAAAGCAUUAUGUGGUAAUUGUGCCGAAUUGUUGCAACCAAAGCGUUGUCCAUUGUGCAAAGCGAAUUUCAGUUCAACUCUACGUAUUUGGUCAUAA